UGCGGCCUCCUCCUGCUGGGCUUUCUCUUCGGGUGGUUUAUAAAGUCUUCUAAUGAAGCUACCAAUAAUGUUCCACAGUAUGGCAUGAAGAAGGCAUUUCUGAAUGAGUUGAAAGCUGAGAACAUCAAGGCAUUCCUGUAUAAUUUUACACAAGUACCACAUUUGGCAGGAACAGAAGAAAACUUUGAGCUUGCAAAGCAAAUUCAAUCCCAGUGGAAAGAAUUUGGCCUGGAUUCUGUUGAGUUAGCCCAUUAUGAUGUCCUGUUGUCCUACCCAAAUGAGACGCAUCCCAACUACAUCUCAGUAAUCACUGAAGGUGGGCAUGAGAUUUUCAACACAUCACUAUUUGAACCACCUCCUGCAGGGUAUGAAAAUGUCUCAGACAUUGUACCACCUUUCAGUGCCUUCUCUGCACAAGGAGUGCCAGAGGGGGAUCUAGUGUAUGUUAAUUAUGCACGGAUUGAAGAUUUCUUUAAACUGGAGCGGGACAUGAAGGUUAAUUGCUCUGGGAAGAUUGUGAUUGCCAGAUAUGGGAAAAUUUUUAGAGGAAAUAAGGUUAAAAAUGCCCAGCUGGCAGGGGCCAAAGGAGUAAUUCUGUACUCAGACCCUGCUGAUUACUUUGCUCCUGGGGUGGCAUCCUAUCCAGAUGGUUGGAAUCUUCCUGGAGGUGGUGUCCAGCGUGGAAAUAUUUUAAAUCUUAAUGGCGCAGGGGACCCUCUCACACCAGGUUACCCAGCAAAUGAAUAUGCUUAUAGGCAUGGCAUUGCGGAGGCUGUUGGCCUUCCGAAUAUUCCUGUUCAUCCGAUUGGAUACUAUGAUGCUCAGAGACUGCUAGAACACAUGGGCGGCUCAGCACCACCAGAUAGCAGCUGGAAAGGAAGCCUCAAAGUACCCUACAAUGUGGGACCUGGCUUUACUGGGAGCUUUUCUACACAAAAAGUCAGGAUGCACAUCCAUUCCAACAGUAAAGUGACCAGAAUUUACAAUGUGAUAGGAACCCUCAGAGGAGCAGUGGAACCGGACAGAUAUGUCAUCCUUGGGGGUCACCGAGACUCGUGGGUGUUUGGUGGCAUUGACCCUCAGAGUGGAGCAGCUGUGGUUCAUGAAAUUGUGAGAAGCUUUGGAAAACUGAAAAAGGAAGGAUGGAGGCCUAGAAGAACAAUUUUGUUUGCAAGCUGGGAUGCAGAAGAAUAUGGUCUUCUUGGCUCUACAGAGUGGGCAGAGGAGAAUUCCAGGCUCCUUCAAGAGCGUGGUGUGGCCUAUGUUAAUGCUGAUUCUUCUAUAGAAGGAAACUACACUCUAAGGGUUGAUUGUACACCACUGAUGUACAGCUUAGUAUACAAUCUAACAAAAGAGCUACAAAGCCCAGAUGAAGGCUUUGAAGGCAAAUCGCUUUAUGAGAGCUGGAAUGAAAAGAGCCCUUCACCCGAGCUCAGUGGCACACCCAGGAUUAGCAAGUUGGGGUCUGGUAACGAUUUUGAGGUGUUCUUCCAAAGACUUGGGAUUGCUUCAGGCAGAGCACGGUAUACUAAAAAUUGGGAAACAAGCAAAUUCAGCAGCUACCCACUAUAUCAUAGUGUCUAUGAAACUUAUGAGUUGGUGGAAAAAUUUUAUGAUCCAACAUUUAAAUAUCACCUCACUGUGGCCAAGGUUCGGGGAGGGAUGGUGUUUGAACUGGCCAAUUCCGUGGUGCUCCCUUUCAACUGUCAGGAUUAUGCUGUAGUUCUAAAGAAGUAUGCUGACAAAAUCUAUAACAUUUCAAUGAAGUACCCACAAGAAAUGAAAACAUACAGCGUAUCAUUUGACUCACUGUUUUCUGCAGUAAAUAAUUUUACAGAAAUAGCUUCUGUGUUCAGCAAAAGACUUCAAGACUUAGACAAAAACAACCCAAUGUUAUUGAGAAUUAUGAAUGAUCAACUGAUGUUUCUAGAAAGAGCAUUCAUUGAUCCUUUAGGGUUACCAGAGAGGCCUUUCUACAGGCACAUCAUCUAUGCUCCAAGUAGCCACAAUAAGUAUGCAGGGGAGUCAUUCCCAGGAAUUUACGACGCUCUCUUUGAUAUUAAAAGCAAAGCUGACCCUUCCAAGGCCUGGGCAGAAGUGAAGAGACAGAUUUCUAUUGCAGCCUUCACAGUGCAGGCUGCAGCAGGAACAUUGAGAGAAGUAGCCUAGAAGGGAAUUGAAAAGUGGUCCUGUUGAACUGCUGUAAUACACUGAAAAAUAAAAGUGUGAGUUUCUAGGUAUAUACAUGUGUAUAAGUACGUAUGUGUA